AUGCCGCUAAAUCUGCCGCCGCCGACGCAGGGCGAGUCAGACGCACUGGCGCCUGUGAAGGAGGAUGUUGAGGCACCUGAUGAGUUUGCGCCGUCGGGCAUUAUUAUCCCGCCGCCGGAGCUGCGUGCGAUUGUCGAUAAAACAGCCGCGUUUGUCGCACGCGUCGGCGUGCAUUUCGAGGCGAAAAUCCGCGAGCAGGAGCGGUAUAACCAGAAGUUUUCGUUUUUGAACGAGGGCGAUGCAUACCAUGCAUAUUACCGGGACAAGGUGAAUACGACGCAACCGUCCAGCGGCGCCGAACCCAGUGCGAAUGGCGGAGAUGUCGCGGACUCGCCGGUAAAGCUAAAGCGUGCGACCAACGCACCGGUGGAGCCGCCGCCACACGCAUUUUCGCUAGCAUUCCCGAGCAUGCCCGCGAUUGAGAUGGACGUGCUCAAGCUGACCGCGCUGUUUGCUGCACGCAAGGGCCCGGCAUUUGCGACGGGAUUGCUUGCACGCGAGACAAGAUCGCACCAAUUCGAGUUCCUGCGUCCUACACACCCCAUGUUUAGCUAUUUUAACUUGCUGGUCGAGCAGUACCGCCGUGUGAUGCAGCCAAGUGCAAAGAUGCUGGCAAAUGUGCACCGCGGUGCGCCCGGCCAAGGGCUGAGCCGGUAUGGGCCAGGGCGCGGUGGUCUGCGAACGCAAAUUUUGCAAGACGUCGGGCAACGAACGUCGUGGGCAAAGUGGCAUAAGGACCGUGCGACGCAGGCGCGUACAGAGGAGAAGCGUAUGCGCUCUUUGUUUGACGAAAUCGAUUGGCAGGACUUUAUCGUUGUGGGCGUUGUUGAGAUUACCGACGCAGACGAACAGGCGGAUUUGCCGCCGGCGCGCUCUCAGUAUGAACUUGAGAAUGUGAUGCUUGCGCAGCGGCGCAUGGCUGCGAUGAUUCAGGAGGAGGCAGCGUGGGAAGGAGGAGAAGAGGAAUAUGCAGCGGAAGCACAGGAAGAGUUAGCAAAGCCCGCCGCAGCCCCCCCCCCCCCCCCCCCCCCCCCCCCCCCCCCCCCCCCCCCCCCCCCCCCCCCCCCCCCCCCCCCCCCCCGCCAGCUCCCCCCCCCCCCCGCCGAUGCGCCAUCUCCCCCCGCCGAACCCGAUAUCCCACUCCCGACACCCCAAGGUGUCAAAAUCAAGCACGACUACAAACGCGAGGCUCGUCUAGCGCGUGCACAAACUACGACUUGCCCCGUGUGCCGCGAAACAGUCCCUGUUGCCGAGAUGGGCGAGCACGUGCGUGUGGAACUUUUGAAUCCCAAGUACCGCGAAGAGCGCGAGAAAAUCGAGCAGCGCAAGCAAGAGCAAGCAAGUCUUGCUGCCGGUGCCGACCCAAGCCGCUUUUUGAAAGCGUUUGCCGGCGCACGCACAGAUAUUUUUGGCGCACAUGAAGACGAAGCAGCACAGGCACAGCGCUCGGUACAAGACAAGCAUCUUGCGCGCCAGCGCGAAAAAAUCAUUUGGGACGGCCACGCCAAUAGCCGCACCACUGCACAAGAUGCACUCGCGCGAAACAGGGCGCUUGAGCUAGAGAUGUCUGCUCGCCAGCCGCGCAAAGACAAGCCCGUGGCCGGCCCACAAGUACCGAGCAAGCGUGCAGCAAGCGGCGAUAGCGAUGUCCAAGCGCCCAAGCGCCAAGCGCCGUCUGUCGGCGUCCACCAGGCGCAGUAUAUCCCACGAAAACAGGACGGAUCGCUGUAUACCGAGAGCGAGUGGUUUACCAUGUACCCCUACCCCAUCAGCCUGCGCAUACGUCUACCCUAUGCGCCGCAGUUGUCUGUCAAAUGCAAUGGCGCGAUCAUCACACUCUCCGACCUUGCACUGGCGACGACGAUUGGUACGAUUCGCGACCGCAUUUUAAUCGGUCCUUUGGAGCGCACGGUCAGCGGAAGCAAGCUGAAGCUAUGGAUCGGCGGCAAGCCUGCGACGCUGCGCCAAACGCUCGCAUUUUGGAACCUGGCUGACGGCGACUCGAUCGACGUGACGCUCGUAAAGUAG